AUGGCUCCGGCAAUGAAGUCCGCGAUGAAGUCCAAGGCCAUGAAGACCAGUGCCAAAGCCAUGACCAAGGCCCAGCUUGCCGACCAGCUCGCCACCAAGUCCGAGCUCAAGAAGAAGGAUGUCUUGUCGGUCCUGCAGAACCUUUCCGAAAUCGGUGCCAGCGAGGUCACCAACACCGGCAAGUUUGUUUUGCCAGGGCUCUGCAUGAUCAAGACUCGUCAGAAGGCUGCUACGAAGGGUGGUACUCGCAUGAUGUUCGGCAAGGAGGUGCAGGUCAAGGCGCAGAAGGCGAAGACGAUUGUGAAAGCGAUGCCGCUGGCCGCGCUUAAGAACCAGAUCUAG